AUGUCUUUCACACUGACCACAUCUGUAUUUGCAGUAUUAACUGCACUUGUUCACGUUGUAGCGGCGAAAGAAUUCGUCGACAAUGUCCGCCAACACUACGCAGAGAAUAUCAAUGAUUUACUUGUCAAGCAGAUCCAGAAGGAGCUGUCAGCUAGCUACAUAUACCAGGGCUAUGCAUCUUACUUUGAUCGUGCCGACGUCAGUUUGCCAGGUGUUGCCAAAUUUUUCUCUGGCGCUUCCCUGGAGGAAAGGGAACAUGCACAGUCCCUGAUCGAUUACAUCAACAAAAGAGGUGGCCACGCCCAGUUUGAGAAGAUAGAUUUGAAAGCAUCUUGUGAGCUUGUAUGGAAUUACUUGACCGGAGAAUCCAGUGACCUGGGCUCGUUUGCCAGCAGGAGAAUGUGUAUUUGUGGAUUUGUAACAACCCAGGCAUUCAAUGCCCAGUGUGAAGAGAGAAGCGUAUGGAAAGAGGCUCUGAUGGCCUUUGAGGAUGCCUUGGCUAUUGAGAGAUUUGUCAACAAGGAGCUCUUGGAUCUACACAAAGAAGCUGAUGCUAGAAAGGAUGCGCACCUGGCCCACAUUCUGGAGCACGAAUUCUUGGAGGAGCAAGUGAGUUCUAUCAGCAAACUUGCCCGCUACGUCACACGACUACGCAGUUUUGCAGGGGGAAACAACUACAAGCUUGGAGAAUAUAUAUUUGACCAGCAUUUGUCCUAA